AAAAAUAAAAAUAAAAAACAAACGGCUCUUGAUCGUACACAUCUCGGAAGCACGUAUAAGAACUGCUUCGCUUUAUAGAUCGCUUCAUUUUAUUUCUUUCGAUCGAAAAUCAGGUCAGAGAAAAAAAUAAAAAAUCUCUUCUUUCUACGGUUUUCUCUGAUCAGAUCAUCAAAAAUCAAAUCAAGAUCCCCGCGAAAAUGAACGACGCAGAUGUAUCCAAGCAGAUCCAGCAGAUGGUGAGAUUCAUCCGCCAAGAAGCAGAGGAAAAGGCUAACGAGAUCUCAGUUUCCGCUGAAGAAGAAUUCAACAUCGAGAAGCUCCAAUUGGUGGAGGCGGAGAAGAAGAAGAUCAGGCAAGAGUACGAGAAGAAGGGGAAGCAAGUUGAAAUUCGAAAGAAAAUUGAGUAUUCGAUGCAGCUUAAUGCGUCUAGAAUCAAGGUCCUUCAGGCUCAAGAUGAUGUGGUUAAUGCCAUGAAAGAAUCAGCAUCCAAGGACCUUCUGAAUGUGAGCCGUGAUCAUCACGUGUAUAAAAAGCUUUUGAAAGAUCUAAUUGUUCAGGGUUUGGUCAGACUGAAAGAGCCUGCUGUCUUACUGCGUUGUCGCAAAGAUGAUGUGCACUUGGUAGAGUCUGUCUUGGAUUCAGCAAAGGAGGAAUAUGCAUCUAAAGUGAAUGUUCAUCCACCAGAGAUAUUCAUUGACAGUGUCCAUCUUCCCCCUGCUCCUUCUCAUCAUAAUGCCCACGGUCCUUUCUGCUCUGGAGGUGUAGUGUUAGCAUCUCGAGAUGGAAAAAUUGUGUGUGAGAACACCUUGGAUGCACGGUUGGAUGUUGCAUUCCGUAAAAAACUUCCAGAGAUCCGCAAGUGGCUCUUUGGUCGGGUUGCCGCUUGAAGGGUAGGAUUGUAUUGUUUUCUCAGCAGCUUUGGUCAUCGACCAUAGAGCAUACUGUUGAAGCUGUUUGUUCAUGAAUUCUCUUUUUUUUUUCUACCCGGAUUGUUUGUUUACCAAAAGUUAGGGAAACUGUUCUUUUAUUGGUGCGAAUAUCAUUUUGAGGGAUGGUGAAGUACACUUUUCUAAAUAACGCAUAAAAUAUGAAGUGUUUUAAGCAUGAUGUGGGAUGCUGUAUGUCUCCGGAAGUGCAAUUCCUGCUAAACUAGUGUUUGCUCAAAA